AUGGCUCACGGGCCCAGCCGUGCUCCGUGCUUGCAAAAGGACUGGGAAAAAGGAGACAAAGGUGGACCCAAGCUGCAGCGAAGGAGGAGGGGACAGGGAGGGCGAGGGAGGAGCAGGAGGAGACGUAGCCGCAGGGCUGACAGCCCCCGGCGUAGCCCUGACUUCCGCGUGUCGACCCCCGGGGGUGGGCGGAGCGGCGGGGGUCUGGGGUUGAGGGCGGGUCUGGACGCCUAUCCGGCCGUCCCCAUGUGACUGGCCGAGGACGACCUGGGCUGCAUCAUCUGUCACGAGCUGCUGGCCCGGCCCGCUACGCUGCCCUGCGGCCACAGCUUUUGUCACAACUGCCUGAUGGGUCUGUGGGGCCCCAGGUCCUGCCCCACCUGCCGCGAGGUCGCCGAGCGGCCGCUGCAGCUGCGGAAGAACACGAUGCUGCAGGACCUGGAGGACAAGUACAGUCGGGAGGCGCGCCAGCUGGAGGGCCCGAACCCAGCGCCCGGGCCCCCGCGCCGCACCGCGCAGCUGCCGGUGGUGGCACAGAAGAGCAGCACAGAAGUUGGCUGGGGGCUCGCAGAGCUGGUGGAACGGCUUAUAGGUAUUGUCAGGAGCCUUCAGAGUCAGAGACAUCUCCCAGAAUCUGAACCAGACAAUGAAAUGAACAUCCUGGCUGUGGCUUUGUCAGCUGGGGUAGACCUUUCCUUGGCUUCUCCAAAACUAGUGACUUCCAACACACCUGAGGGGAAAAUGAGAGACAUUCUCCAUGACCUAGAAGAGAUCCAGGAAAAAUUACAAGAAAACUUCAUGUGGAAAGAGGCCCUUGAAGAACAAAUGCAGGGGCUGCCUGGCUUGUGGGAUCUUAGUUUGUCCCCCAACUCCCCUUGUCCAGACUUGAAAACUGUUUACCCAGAGUGGAUCUGGUUUCCACCAAGAGGACUGGAGUCUUUCACUGUCACUGUGUCUAACGUGGCAACAUGUGCAUAA